CUGAACUCUAUCAUUUCAAUCAUUACGAACAACUUCCAUGGGCCGUGGCACUCUUUCGAGCAUGCGGAUGCAGAGCAACAAGAACGGUGGUGGCGGUUGUUUGAGAGAAAGUAUGAAUGGGAUGCAUGCUACACGAGCAUAAUAAAGAAGAGGUUUCGUUCUAGGGGAUCUGAAUGGUUAAGCAAGAAUAUUUGCCCGGCAAGACGGCAGAACAAGAAGCCGGACUGGAUAUGCGAUGGUGACUGGAUGCUGUUGAAAGAGUAUUGGGGGUCUGAUUCAUUCAAGAAGAAGAGUACUGCCAGGAAGAAGAACCGCAACUCUCAGAAGGCGAAAGAGUCACAGUAUCGCGG